AUGGUACUCUUCGCAGUAUAUCCCAUUGGCGUUGCUUGUAUUUUGGUGCUACUGUACCGGCUGAGUCAAGUUGGACGACGUCCCAAAGGUCUGCCCCCAGGACCACCAACAAUUCCCAUACUUGGCAACAUACACCUCAUCCCCAAGGAGAAACCGCAUCUUCAAUUUCAGAAGUGGGCAAAUGAAUAUGGACCCAUCUAUUCGCUCAUUCUGGGAACAAAGGUCAUGGUAGUUCUGAAUACCGACCAAGCCAUCAAAGACUUGCUGGACAAGCGCAGUAACAUUUACUCGUCGAGACCAGAGAUGUACCUUGGCCAGAUCGUCAGUGGUGGCUUUCGCAUGUUGCUCAUGGAGUACGGAAAUAAUUGGCGCACGCUUCGCGGCAUCGUACACAACAGCCUCAAUAUCAAAGCCUCCCGCACCUACGUAACAUACCAAGACUUGGAGAACAAGGACAUGCUGCUGGGAUUUUUGGAGGCUCCGGACCAAUUUAUUCAGCAUAUCCGGCGCUUUACCAACUCUCUGUCGAUGCAGAUGAUGUAUGGCAUUCGCACCACCAGCAUCGAGGAUCCCCAGAUGAAUCAAUUGUACCAUGGCUUUGAAAAGUUCAGUAGUGUGCUGGCGAGUACCUCGGCCGCACUGACCGACGUAUUUCCGCUCCUCCGACACCUCCCCGACGCGCUGCUGCCCAUGCGACGGUACGCACGGGAACUGCACCAAGAGGAGCUGAAGCUGUGGAUGGGCCACUGGCUGGGCUUCAAGCAGCGCCUGCGCGACGGCAAAGCCAAGCCGUGCUUUUGCAUCGACCUGGUCAAGGCCCAGGAGGAGACGGGCAUCUCGGACCCCCAGGCCUCGUACGUGAGCAACUCGCUGCUCGAGGCCGGGUCCGACACCACGGCCGCGACCCUCGUGGGGUUCGUCCAGGCCAUGGUCAUUUUCCCAGAGGUUGUUGCCGCCGCCCAGGCCGAGCUCGAUCGCGUCUGUGGGGACCGCAUGCCCGACCUUAACGACUUGCCCGAUCUGCAGUAUAUACGCGGCUGCAUGAAGGAGAGCUUGCGCUGGAUGCCGACGGUUAUCCUCGGGGUCCCGCAUGCCGUGAUUCAGGAUGAUGAGUACAUGGGAUACAAGAUUCCCAAAGGGGCCGGGGUGCUCUGGAAUGUCUGGACUUUGCACAAUGAUCCGAAACGGCAUCCAGACCCCAGGAGAUUCGACCCGAUGCGCUGGGCCGACGAUCGGCAGACGUCGGCCCAGGCGGCGACCAACCCGGACGUGACCAAGCGCGAUCAAUUUGUCUUUGGCGCCGGGCGUCGGCUGUGCCAGGGCAUGCACAUUGCCGACCGCUCGCUGUUCCUCGCCAUCUCCCGCCUGCUCUGGGCCUUUGACUUCCGCCGGGCCAUAGGACCCGACGGCCAGGAGAUCUUGCCCGACAUGGGCGAUCUCAUCGAGGGCACAUUUGUUCAGCCGAAACCCUUCAAGGCUGAUAUCAGACCGAGAAGUGCUUUCAAGGCGGAACGCGUGCGUGAGGAGUGGAGUGAGAUGAAGAAGCUGCUAGAUGAUCAACUUCAAUGGAAAAGUGUCCCAGAAGGGCUUAUCUGGAGGGAUUAUGAGCCUGCCGAAGUUAAAGCUUAG